AAGGUAAUCGGGUUGCUGUGAGGCAAUGCAUUGUAGCAGGGCCAGAGUGGAAUCGGGGAUCCAGUCAUUGGGAGAAUCCAAGGCUGGCGCGAGGUCUUCGCUGCCCCCGCUGCCCGGGCCCCCACUCCGCACUCUUGGCCAGGGGUGAAACAGUUGGAGAUGCCGAAUCGCAGAAAUGCACUAAGGUGACCACGGGUUUCCACGGUGUUGGGUGAAAGGGCGGGGAGGCCGCCAUCAAAACGCGGGGAAUCAGACCGUCGCGCAGCCUCCGCCGCCCUCUCCAGCCUCACACCUGGGACACAGCUGAGCGCGACUCCCGCGGUGCGGCAGCGGGAGGGUUAAACCGUGCGCGGCCCGGGGCGGGGGGCGGGAGGGGGGAGGAGGAGACCGAGCGCUCCGAGCCGCCGCGCCGAGCCCCGCCGAGCCGAGUCCAGCCGAGCCGAGCCGAGCGGAGCAUCUCCCCGCCGCCGCCUCCGCUGCCGCCGCCCCGCGCCCCGGGCGCCCGCCCCCCACCCUCUCCAGCACCCCGCUGCCGGCCACCCCCCUGACCAUGCCCCGCGCCCCACCCGCUCCCGCGUCCCCCCAGCCCGGCGCAGCCCCGAGCGCCAGCAGUUGUCGCGCCGCCGCGCCAGGCACGCAGUAAAAGCCGAAAAUCUGGGUCACAGCUGAGGAAGAUCUCGAGCAUGGAGUCCAGGAUGUGGCCUGCGCUGCUGCUGUCCCACCUCCUCCCUCUCUGGCCACUGCUGUUGCUGCCCUUCCCACCACCUGCUCAAGGCUCCUCCUCCUCCCCUCGAACCCCACCAGCCCCAGCACGUCCCCCAUGCGCCCGGGGAGGUCCCUCAGCCCCACGCCAUGUCUGUGUGUGGGAGCGGGCACCCCCACCAAGCCGAUCCCCUCGGGUUCCAAGAUCCAGGCGGCAAAUCCUGCCAGGCACUGCGCCCCCUGCCACCCCAUCAGGCUUUGAAGAGGGGCCACCCUCAUCCCAGUAUCCCUGGGCUAUUGUAUGGGGCCCUACAGUGUCUCGAGAGGAUGGGGGGGAUCCCAACUCUGCCAAUCCUGGAUUUCUGCCCCUGGACUAUGGUUUUGCAGCCCCCCAUGGGCUGGCUACCCCACACCCCAACUCAGACUCCAUGCGGGGUGAUGGAGAUGGGAUCAUCCUUAGAGAAGCACCUGCCACCCUGCGGCCAUUCUUGUUCGGGGGUCGUGGGGAAGGUGUGGACCCCCAGCUCUAUGUCACAAUUACCAUCUCCAUCAUCAUUGUUCUCGUGGCCACCGGCAUCAUCUUCAAGUUCUGCUGGGACCGCAGCCAGAAGCGGCGCAGGCCCUCAGGACAGCAAGGUGCCCUGAGGCAGGAGGAGAGCCAGCAGCCGCUGACAGACCUGUCCCCAGCCGGGGUCACUGUGCUGGGGGCCUUCGGGGAUUCGCCAACCCCCACCCCUGACCACGAGGAGCCCCGAGGGGGACCCCGGCUUGGGCCUGGGAUGCCCCAGCCCAAAGGGGCUCCAGCCUUCCAGUUGAACCGGAUUCCCCUGGUGAAUCUGUGAUGCCCAUCAAUGUUGGGGUGCCACCAAGCAGGAGGCCAAGGGGCCGGCAUAGCCACCAUCCCACUGAGGGUAGGGCAGCUGUGGGAGCUGGGGCUGCAGGUGCUCCUGGCUUCUGCCCUGGCACACCACCCUGGAACACUCACUGGCCCUAUAGGCAAUCCUAUCUGCUCACCCUCCUUUAAGUGGGGCCUCUGGUUUCUGGUGCCCCAUCCCCACCCUUGCACACUCACAUGAAAGCCUUGCACACUCACCUCCACCCUCACGGGCCACUGCACACACUCAUGCUCUUGUGCAGCCAGCCUUCUGCACCCUCUCCCCAUCCACCUCUCUCCCCUCUGCUGACCCCCCCACAUUCUCUCUUUUGUUUCUCAUUUUUCAUUUUCUCUUCCCACAUUUCAUGCUCGUCUCAGUCACUCAGUGGUCAGUGGCUGACUUUACCAUUCCUCUCACAUGCAUUUCCUGGCCCCAUGUUGUGUGUUGUGCUUACAUUCUCCCUCAUGAACACCCACUAAUCUAUUUUCUGUGGCUCCUGCAUGCUGCCCCAGAGGUGGGUGGGAGGUGAGCUGGGGGCUCCUUGUGCCCCCCAUCUGUCAUGGCCCAUCCUGUUCCCUGUCAUGUGUUUCACUGUCUCCCUCAUUCCACUCCAUGGGUGAUCUCAUACCCUGAGGGCUCCCAUAAGGAUGAGGGUAGUGAGGCCCCACACUUCUCCCCCACCCCACUGCUAAGUUCUGUUGUCUGGGAGACGGGUUUUGGGGAGUCACCUGCUGCACUACCCACGAAGGGGCUCCCAUUUGCCCUGCCCUUCCUCCUCAGUCCCUUUUGUCUUAUCUGUCCUGGCUGUCUGUGUGUGUGUCACUCUCUGGAAUUCAGAGCCCCCUGAGCCAGUCCUCUGCUUCCCAGCCUCUCUAAGGGCCUCCCUAAUUCCACUGAGGCUGCCAGGGAAUGGAGCCAGCUGGUUCAAGGCCAUUGGGAGCUCUACCUCCCAAUUUAUCCCUCCCCUUCUUGGGCUCCCUAACAUCACUCCUUCCUUCCCUCCUUUGUUCUUCCACUCUCCCUCCUUUUGUCCCCCUGCCCCCAGGUUUCUCCCUACUUCUCAUAAUUUUUCCCACCUUCCUUCUUCCUCUCUUACCUGGCUCCUAUGCUGUGAUAUAUAUUUUUGUAUUAUCUCUUUCUUCUUGUGGUGAUAAUCUUGAAUUCUUGUGGGAUGUAAGUUUCAAAAUUUUCAAAUAAAGCCUUUGCAAGAUACCUGA